AUGGUGCAGGAAUUUAUUUUAAUCGCAUUCUCCAGCUUAAAGCAGCUACAGAUAUUACUGUUUCUCUUUGUUCUGGUGUCAUACAUCAUCUGUGUUACAGGAAAUCUCAUCAUCAUCGUCUUAAUUAGGACUGAACCCUUGCUUCAAACCCCAAUGUAUUUUUUCAUAAGUACAUUUGCUGUUCUUGAAAUUAUGUUUGUGACGGUUUCUAUACCAAAGCUUCUGGAUAAUUUGAUUUCAGGAAAUAAGAGGAUCUCUUUCAUUGAAUGUUUUACACAGUUGUUUGUUUUCAAUGGGUUGGGUAUGACAGAAUGCUAUUUGUUAGUAGUUAUGGCCAUUGAUAGGGACUUAGCUAUUAACAGUCCUUUACACUAUUCUGCUAUAAUGAGGAAGGAACUUUAUACUACAUUAGCCAUGGCACCAUGGGUUGGUGGUUUUGCAAUAUCUUCCUUGACUACUGGUUAUACCUCCCAGCUUAAAUUCUGUGGAUCAAAUCAGAUUAAUCAUUUCAUCUGUGAUGUGGCUCCACUUCAGAACUUGUCUUGCUCUGAUGCUUCCAUGAGCAAAUUAUCCACAGUAGUGGCAGCUAUUCUCACUGCAAUUUUCCCAGUCUUUAUUAUCAUAGCUUUAUAUGCUCACAUUAUUAACACCAUCUUAAAAAUCAAAGGUGCUGAAGGCAAACAAAAAGCCUUCUCUACUUGUUCCUCUCACCUUAUUGUGGCCAGUCUUUUCUAUGGAGCAGGUCUUGUUGUGUAUGUUAGACCUACUGGAGGGGAAAACGACAAAUUUCUUGCUCUUAUAUACACGGUUCUCACUCCACUUCUAAACCCUUUCAUAUAUACUUUGAGGAACAAUGAUGUGAAGACAGCAGUAAACAAUUUAAUACUAAAAAAAAUUAAUGUAUUCAAACACCCAUAG